UAAAAUCAUCACUUCUCAACUAAAACAAUAAAGCCUUUCUCCUAUUUUUUCAAGUUUUUGGAGAUUUUUGUAGCCACAUUUAGGGGGCUGGUGGUGGUGUUUUCCGGUGAACAUGAAGUUCAACGAUGGCGGCCCAGCUAGGGGUCGUCAUUUGCCACAAAUCUUAGUGGCAUUGGCCAUAUUGGCUGUUGUUAAUGUAGUGUCGGCUGACCCCUAUGUAUAUUCUUCUCCACCACCUCCAUCAUAUGAAUACAAGUCACCACCACCUCCUUCUCCUUCUCCGCCGCCACCUUAUGUGUACAAAUCUCCACCUCCUCCAUCACCCUCUCCCCCGCCACCAUAUGUCUAUAAAUCACCACCUCCUCCUUCGCCCUCUCCACCUCCACCAUAUGUGUAUACGUCUCCACCUCCUCCAUCACCUUCACCUCCGCCACCUUAUGUGUACAAAUCACCACCUCCUCCUUCGCCAUCUCCACCACCACCAUAUGUAUAUAAGUCCCCACCACCUGCAACACCAUCUCCACCACCACCAUAUGUAUAUAAGUCUCCACCACCUCCAUCACCAUCUCCUCCACCACCUUACUACUACAAAUCACCUCCUCCACCGUCACCUUCACCUCCUCCACCAUAUUACUACAAGUCUCCACCUCCCCCGUCACCAUCACCUCCUCCACCAUACUACUACAAGUCCCCACCUCCACCUUCGCCGUCACCUCCACCACCCUACUAUUACAAAUCUCCACCACCAACUUCACCGUCUCCACCCCCACCUUAUUAUUAUAAAUCUCCACCACUACCUUCACCAUCACCACCUCCACCAUACUACUACAAAUCUCCACCACCUCCUUCGCUUUCUCCUCCACCACCUUACUAUUACAAAUCUCCUCCACCACCAUCACCUUCACCUCCACCACCCUAUUACUACAAAUCUCCACCUCCCCCUAAGUCUUCACCACCCCCACCUUACUACUACAACUCUCCGCCCCCACCCAAGAAGUCACCUCCUCCACCAUAUUAUUACUCCUCCCCACCACCACCAAAGAAAUCACCUCCUCCACCAUAUCACUACACUUCUCCACCACCACCAGCUAAGUCACCUCCUCCGCCAUACUACUACAGCUCUCCUCCCCCACCAAAGAAAUCGCCUCCUCCACCAUAUCACUACACUUCUCCACCACCACCAGCUAAGUCACCUCCUCCGCCAUACUACUACAGCUCUCCUCCACCACCCAAGAAAUCACCUCCUCCACCAUACUACUACACUUCCCCACCACCACCUAUUCACUAUUAUCCUCCACAUCAUCAUUUUGUGGUCAAGGUUGUGGGAAAAGUUUACUGUUUUAGAUGCUAUGAUAAGAUGUUCCCAGAAAAGUCUCACGCUAAGAAGCAUCUCAAAGGUGCUGUUGUUGAGGUGACUUGUAAGGCUGGCGACAAGAAAAUUGUGAGUUACGGUACCACUAAGAUCAACGGAAAAUUCAGUGUCACUGUUAAAGGAUUUGAAUAUCGCAAAUAUGGAGCAAAGGCUUGCAAGGCUAAACUCCACAAUGCUCCAGAGGAUUCAAAGUGUGACAUUCCUACAGAUCUUCAUUGGGGAAUUAAGGGUGCUAACCUUAGAGUGAAGUCAAAGAAUCGUUACGAAGUUGUACUCUAUGCAAAACCGUUUGCUUAUGGCUCUAAGAUUUCUUAUGCGAAAUGCACAAAGCCCAAACAUACACCUGCUCCAUACUAUUAUAAAUCUCCACCACCUCCGUCACCGACUUAUGUUUAUAAGUCACCACCUCCCCCAUCCCCGACAUACGUUUACAAAUCUCCACAACCACCUACCUAUUAUUAUAAGUCUCCGCCACCACCGACUAAGUCUCCAUCACCUGCUUACUAUUACAAGUCUCCACCCCCACCAUCACCAAAACCUUCACCUGUAUAUUAUUAUAAAUCACCACCACCCCCGUCACCUUCGCCUCCACCUCCUUACUACUACAAAUCUCCACCACCACCAACUAAGUCUCCACCACCUCCUUAUCACUACACGUCUCCACCUCCACCAUCACCAAAACCUACACCUGUAUACUAUUAUAAAUCACCACCUCCUCCGUCACCAUCGCCUCGACCUCCUUACUAUUAUAAAUCUCCUCCCCCACCAUCCCCAUCACCACCCCCACCUUAUUAUUACAAGUCUCCACCACCACCAUCACCCUCUCCCCCACCUCCCUACUACUACAAGUCUCCACCACCACCAUCGCCAUCUCCUCCACCACCUUACUACUACAAGUCUCCACCACCACCUUCGCCAUCACCACCACCACCUUACUACUACAAGUCUCCUCCACCACCAUCACCAUCUCCUCCACCUCCAUACUACUACAAGUCUCCUCCACCACCAACUCCCACUUAUGUCGUCCACCACCUACCUCUUAUGUCUACUCCACCACCACCUCCACCAACCCCUACAUACACUACAAAUCUCCACCACCACCUUCACCAACCACCACCACCUUACUCUACAAGUCUCCUCCACCACCCACCAUCUCCUCCACCCUCCAUACUACUACAACCUCCUCCACCAUCUCCUCCUUACAUCUACAAAUCACCACCACCACCAAUCCCUACAUAUGUACUACUACAAGUCUCCUCCACCACCACCACCAUCUCCACCUAUGUUUACAAAUCACCUCCUCCUCCAACACACACUCCUCCACCAUACUACUACCAUUCUCCACCACCACCAUCGCCAUCUCCUCCACCUCCAUAUUAG